GGCCCACGUGACCCGGCAGCGCUGCGUCUGUAGCGGUCGGGCCGGCUGCGCAGAGGGGAGGGGGCGGAUCCAAUAUGGCGUCCAUGCAGAAAAGAUUACAGAAAGAACUGUUGGCUUUGCAGAAUGACCCACCUCCAGGAAUGACUUUAAAUGAAAAGAGUGUUCAAAAUUCAAUUACACAGUGGAUUGUAGACAUGGAAGGUGCUCCAGGAACAUUAUAUGAAGGAGAAAAAUUUCAACUUCUAUUUAAGUUCAGUAGUCGAUACCCUUUUGAUUCUCCUCAGGUCAUGUUUACUGGUGACAAUAUUCCUGUUCAUCCCCAUGUGUAUAGCAAUGGUCAUAUCUGUUUAUCCAUUCUAACAGAAGACUGGUCUCCAGCUCUUUCAGUGCAAUCUGUUUGUCUUAGCAUUAUUAGCAUGCUUUCCAGCUGCAAAGAAAAGAGGCGACCUCCAGAUAAUUCAUUUUAUGUAAGAACAUGUAACAAGAAUCCAAAGAAAACAAAAUGGUGGUAUCAUGAUGACACAUGUUGAUGCCACCAUUUUGUGAUCCUCGUAGCAGAAGAUAGUCCUACUGAGAAAAUGAGCACUUUGAUCAUUCAGUCUUUGAACUUUAACCUUUGACUGGAAGUGACCUAUAGGCAAUGAAGACUACUUCCUUUGACUGCAUUUUUACUAGUGUGCAUUCUGGGCGCAUGUUGAUCGCUGGUUCAGUCCAUGCAACUGACAUGCUUUUAUUAGUCAUACAGUAUUAAUGCAGAUGUCUGGAAAAGUCAGAAUAAUUCCAUUUAUUUUUAUUUUAAGCUUUUGGGAAGAAUUCCAGGUCUUCAUGUAUUGUGCAAUAACAGUGAAUUCCUUGGCGGUUUUGGUGCAUCCAUUGCCGGCAAUGGACUUUGUACCAGGAAACGUUUUGAUCCUGCCGCAAAAAAAACCAGAUUGAUGCAUGAUAGAGCUUAUGAAAUGUUUUAGAUGUAUUGGGAUUAUAAGCAAGGGAUCCAACAUUACUUCAAAAGCCACCCCAUUCUUUUACAUUUGGAUUCUAUGCACUGUGAUCACAAAGCUAGCAGCAUGACAACAUGCUUAGCAAAAGGACUGUAAUAAGAUCAUUGCAUAUUUAUUAAAUUGUUUAUUUUCUGUCAAAUCGUUUUAACAUGGAAAGUUUUCAGGUGACAUUGGCAGAGAGGUACAAUGUUAUCCCUAUGGUGAAACAAAUAUACCUUUUUUUUUGUAUAUAGUUAUUCAUAUCUCUGAAGCAAAGGUAUGAGUAAUUUAGGGUGGGAGUGAUUUAAUCAAGACUUUAUUUUGGCGAUAAGAUGACAGUGAUAUAACUGAAUUUGCUGCAGUCCAUAACUGGGCUUGAAAUCUGUAUAUUAGAGCUUUUUUCCAAAUAGAUUGCACACUGUUACUUCCUGCUAGCCAUCAGCAUGAGCCCUACUGCCUAUACAAUAUUUCAUUUAUUUAUGUUUGAAAACAAUCCAUAUAACAUUUUUUGUUUGUGUUCAGUUUCUUUUGUUGUGUUGUAUGUCAUGUUUGAAUGUUACAAAACAAUAUUUUGAUUGAAAAAGCUUUGUCAGAAGAUAUUUUCUUGUAAAUUAUUUCUUUACCUUGUAAGCAUCAUCCUGUCUUUUAAUCCUGUACUAUAAAGAAAGAAAUACAUUUUUGACAGAGGCUUAAUGUUUUGACAAAAAGUGUGGACCUUCUUAUUUAAGUUUAGACAAAAAUAUAUUUUGUUAACUUGAUUGUCCCAUAUAGCCAUACCACUUCUUUUCUGGACUUGUUUCACAAAAUUUAAUUACAAUGAGUUUAACAUUGUUCUACAGAGAAACAGUUGUUGAAUAAUAGAUGAUUGUUCUCACCACUAUGUAAUUUUGUGAUACUGCAAGUAGGCUGUCUUUUUAGGAAGCACUGAUGUCUUUUAUAAACUUACUACCUUUACACAUAUGCAAAAUUUCUAUAACAUUGCUGUUUUUACUGUUGCCUUAUUGUUGCACUCUUUAAAAGAACUUCUAGUAGUCAGUAAAUGAAUGUGUGAAUCAAUAACUAUAUUUACUUGAUUUUUAAAAUAAGAAUCAGAAUCACUAAACUUUAAAAGAAUACCAGAAUUGGCUGAAAAUAUUAAAGUAUUUUUUUACUGAUGUAUAGUAACUGACAACAUUUUAUAGCCUUGUGUAAACUUCUGUAUGUUACCUAAUGUUUAAAACAUACAUUUUAAAAAAGUGUAAAUGCUGAACUCAGGGUGAGUAGAACUCAAAUGGAUCUGCUUUAGAGAAGUGCUAUAUACAGCCACUGAAUUAUGGAUAUUGUCAGUGAAGUGAGGCUACUUAUGAAACUGCUACCUUUUCUACUGUAUUGAGUCCUUUUUGACCUUUAAAACUCAACAGUAAAAAAUUAGUUAAGUUACAGAUACAAACUUGGUAUAUAUAAAAUUUCACAGAGAGCCUUUAAAAACGUUAAUUUUUAUUAAGAGCCAAAAAUAAUAAUUUUAAGGAUAUGAAAUAGUUUAGCUCCUAUUGUAACUAACUUUAUUUAGCAUGAACAUGUCACUAAGUUAAUCACAGCUCAGUUAGUGUUUGUGAACUGUUAGUAUGCAUGAGCAGUAACUAUAUUUGGAAUAUUUAAUCUGUACUUUCAUAUUAACUGCUCUGUAUUUCUGACUGAUAUAUUCUGCAGAAUUCCAUGCAUUUAUCUUCAUACAGCUGGCUCACUUAAUGGAUCAUAUCAUACACUCAUUCUGGGAAUCCACAGUAAAGAAACAUUACUAUGGCAUAUAAUGCCUCUGAAGAAAUUGUUACAGUGCAUCCUGUCAGAUUCAAGGAACUGUUUUUAUACUGUGGAUUGUGAUAAUACAGUAUAAUGGUGUCAAAGGAGCUUUAUGAUGUACUGUAUCUUGACAAAGAUACAUACUGUAGUGUUAAGCAUUCUACUUUGAUUCAGCUAUCAGCACUAUGCUGUGGAUUAAAAUGAAGAUGAAUAAGUAAAUCAAAUAGCUGCCUUCUUUUAUGCUGCUCUGUAAAACAGAAGUGUAUAUGAAAAUCCUGUAAUACAUUAAAGUAAAACAAAAAAGCAAGGUGAAUUACAAGAGAAAACAUCUCAGGAUAUCUGUCCUGUGGUUUACAAGGGAAAAGCCUCCACACAAAUAUCCCAGUUCUGUUGCUAGUCUGUAGGUGAAUUCACCCGUGUACAGAGAGCCAGUACAAAGUGUAUGUACCACUUAAGCCUUCCGAAUCAUGCAGUUACUCUGACAAAGCUGCUAUGUUCCAGGACAGAGCAUAAAUUAGUUGCAAGUUGGGCAUGGAUGAAUUUUACCUUGUGUGAAACUCUUAUUUGUCAAUAGGGCUUCCUCACAUGGAGUGACAGAAUUAGCUCAAAGCUACCUUGCUUUUCUUUUAUGUCAGUGCUCAAAUUAUUGAACAUCUUGUGUUUAGUUUGUUUAUACCAUAACGCAAUAAAUGUUUUUAAAAUAGA